AUGGAAGCGGCGAAUGGGGAAGCGAGCGGGGACAGUGCGGCAGCGGAUGAUGACGUCACUGCUCCGCAAUUCAAGGAACCAGUUGAACACGACUUGGGGAAGCGCGACCGUGCGGAGCUGCCGAGGGACGGCGCGUUCACCGCGACGGAGAAGCGGGCCAUGGGUUGUGAAGGAAGCUCGUCGCGCCACCUCCCCACCUCGCCUCCGCGCCUCUUCGCGGGAGCGCCACCUCGCCUCCUCGCCUCCACGCCAAGUUUCCACCCCGCCAGCACGCCACCGCACCAGGGUGCCCUUCCCCACUUUUACUUUCCCACCCGUUUCUCUUCCCCCACCCCAUCACCCUACUUUCCCGCCAAUCCCUCUCUCCGUCGCCUUCGAGUUCGGCACCACAUCACGCUUCCUCCUCCCCCUCUCACUCAGCGUCACCGCAAAAACCCCUUCUCUCCUUCCCCUCCCCAGCCCUCCAUGCCUGCAGUCUCACUCUCACCUGACCCUCUCGACACCACCACACUCAUCCUCCUCUUUCAAUACCCACCACACCACUCAGCACGAGCAGCUGCAGCCCCGACCCUCGCAUCCUCGCCACCACGCCUCCUUGCCUCUAUGCCUCCUCGCCUCUCUGCCUCCUCGCCUCUCUGCCUCCUCGCCUCUCUGCCUCCUCGCCUCUCUGCCUCCUCGCCUCUCUGCCUCCUCGCCUCUCUGCCUCCUCGCCUCUCUGCCUCCUCGCCUCUCUGCCUCCUCGCCUCUCUGCCUCCUCGCCUCUCUGCCUCCUCGCCUCUCUGCCUCCUCGCCUCUCUGCCUCCUCGCCUCUCUGCCUCCUCGCCUCUCUGCCUCCUCGCCUCUCUGCCUCCUCGCCUCUCUGCCUCCUCGCCUCUCUGCCUCCUCGCCUCUCUGCCUCCUCGCCUCUCUGCCUCCUCGCCUCUCUGCCUCCUCGCCUCUCUACUCUCACUCCUCUACUCUCACCCCUCUACUCUCACCCCUCUACUCUCACCCCUCUACUCUCACCCCUCUACUCUCACGCCUCUACUCUCACGCCUCUACUCUCACGCCUCUACUCUCACGCCUCUACUCUCACGCCUCUACUCUCACCCCUCUACUCUCACCCCUCUACUCUCACCCCUCUACUCUCACCCCUCUACUCUCACCCCUCUACUCUCACGCCUCUACUCUCACGCCUCUACUCUCACGCCUCUACUCUCACCCCUCUACUCUCACCCCUCUACUCUCACCCCUCUACUCUCACCCCUCUACUCUCGCCCCUCUACUCUCACGCCUCUACUCUCACCCCUCUACUCUCACCCCUCUACUCUCACCCCUCUACUCUCACGCCUCUACUCUCACGCCUCUACUCUCACCCCUCUACUCUCACGCCUCUACUCUCACCCCUCUACUCUCACCCCUCUACUCUCACCCCUCUACUCUCACCCCUCUACUCUCACGCCUCUACUCUCACGCCUCUACUCUCACCCCUCUACUCUCAUGCCUCUACUCUCACCCCUCUACUCUUGCCGGUCGCUCUCAUCUGUGACCUCACCUCUUCCUCAUCACUCUCCCAUCCUUACUGCAGGUGCCGCCUGUCAUCAACAACCUCACAUCGCCAUCUGGCAUGCACAUGCGGGUGGGUAUGGGUGUGCGCUCUUCCUCCCCUCUCUCCCCACUUCAUCCCCUAAUUCCUCUCUUCCACGCCUUGGCGCUCCCAAUCUGCCCUCUCACUUCUCAUUCCAUCCUCUCUCCUCCCUGCCCUCCAAUUUCCUCAAGGCAACCAUUCUCUCCUCUCUGUUCUGCCUCUUUCACCCGUGCCCUCGAUUCUCCUCAAUGGCGGCAGGCACACGGCCAAUUGCCCCACACUUUGCUGCCCCACACUUCUCUGCCCCACGCUCUGCUGCCCCACUCUCUCCUGCCCCACGCUCUGCUGCCCCACUCUCUCCUGCCCCACUAUCUGCUGCUCCACACUAUUAUGCUGCACCGUGCCCUUCUGCCAUGCACUCUGUUGCCCAACGCUCUGCUGCCCCACCCUCUGCUGCCCCACCCAUUGCCCCCACUCCAUCUUCGUUCAUCAUCGCGUGUUGA